GCGGCGCUGCUCGGGCGUCACAGCGCCGGGUGGCGGCGGGGAGAUGCGGCUCCUGGCGCUGGCGGCGGCCGUGCUGCUGGCGCGGGCUCCGGCCCCGGAGGUGUGUGGGGCCCUCAAUGUCACCGUGUCCCCGGGGCCUGUGGUUGACUACCUGGAGGGGGAAAAUGCCACUCUUCUCUGCCAUGUCUCCCAGAAGAGACGGAAGGACAGCUUGCUGGCCGUGCGCUGGUUCUUCGCACGCCCCAACUCCCCGGAAGCCUUGAUGGUUAAGAUGACCAAGCUCCGGGUGGUGCAGUACUAUGGGAAUUACAGCCGCAGCGCCUUCCGGCAGAGGCUGUGCCUCCUUGAGGAGAGGCGCGGGGCACUCUACACACUCUCGGUUUUGACCCUCCGGCCAGCAGAUCAAGGGCAUUACGUCUGCAAAGUCCAGGAAAUCAGCAAGCACAGGAAUAAGUGGACCGCCUGGUCCAACGGCUCCUCAGCGACGGAAAUGAGAGUGAUUUCCCUCAAAGCUUCUGAAGAUUCAUCCGUUGAGAAAAAGAAAGAGACCUGGGCAUUUUUUGAAGAUCUCUACAUAUAUGCUGUGCUCGUGUGCUGUGUGGGGAUCCUCAGUGUCGUCCUCUUCACCCUGACCAUCAUCUGGCAGUCUGUAUUUAGCAAGAGGAGAGCCAGAGCGAGACAUUAUUUGGUGAAAUGUCCUCAGAACAGCUCAGGGGAGACCGUGACCAGUGUGACCAGCUUGGCCCCACUGCAACCCAAGAAGGGCAAGAGGCGGAAGGAGAAGGCUGACGUUCCUCCUGCAGUGCCUGCCAAAGCUCCCAUAACUACCACAUUCCAUAAACCGAAGCUGCUGAAACCACAAAGGAAAGUCGCCCUGCCGAAGAUUGCCGAGGAGAACCUGACCUACGCUGAGUUGGAGCUGGUCAAACCCCACCGGGCUGCCAAAGGCCUUCCCACCAGCACUGUCUACGCCCAGAUCCUCUUUGAGGAGAACAAGUUGUAACGUGGCGUCCUCUUCUGUGGUCGUAUUUAAUGCCUGCCACCCCAGUUAUUUAUGAUAUCUUGGAAACAAAAUCCUUAUUUUUGUAUUUUACCUCGUGCCUUCUGUGUGGUGAGGAGCCCUUUUCCAGCGGCGUCCCAGGGGCCUUCGAGGAGAGGUAUGACACACGAGGUACAAGGCUCCUCUCCGUCAAAGAGUAGGGUCCACAGCCCUUGGACGAAUGUCCCGGGACAGGAUGUGUCUGGGUCUGAGCCCUGAGCAGUGUGAACUCUGAUUCUGAGAGCACCCAAGGAGAUUUUCUGCUGAGCCAAACCUCUUCAUGUUUUCCUCUCCUUUCUUUGGGUUUUAAUCUUUUUAAAAUCUUAUUUUAAUCUUCUGCUCUUCCUGUAUUUGUGAUACUAAGCUCAUAGUAUAUAGCUAGAGGAAAUGCCAUUAUAGGCCAAAGUGUGAGAUGGUAGAUAUGUACUAAUUGGUUUUUCAAAAGGUCAGAGAACAUUUCUAGGGCACCUCGAUCAGAGCAAACUGCUUAUUGCAAAUGGUCACUCAAGAUAGCAUCUCUUGUUUUAAAUAGAUGCACUGACCCUGGUGACUUAAGGGCAGAGGCAGAUUGUGGGGAGCUUUGAUGUCUAAGCUAACAGUCCACUGUCUCUAGAUACGCCAGUGCCCAUUUCUCCGCCUGUGAUCACCCAAGGAUGUGGGGCGAGUAGCACACCAUUCUAAAGGACACCUCCCCCUUCAGCACGGUGGGCUUAUAUUGCUAUAGAAACUCAUAUUCUCCAGAAAGUUCUUACUCACUGUUUUCCAAAGGAGCAAGGGAGGGAGCUAGCCAUCGAUGGACACACUGGAGGAAGUGGGCCUCUUGGAAGUGUGCCGAGGUUACCAGCUCUGAUUGAAUGUCCGCUCCUGUGUGAGCAGAGUUUUUUUGCCUGAUUCCACUGGGGUAGCAGAGUAGGACAUGGCAAGCCGAGCUGGAAAAAUGUGUUUUAAAGACCCUACUGUUGUAAAGUGCCUCUCCCAGCUCGACUUCACGUGUGAUUUCUCGUGUGUUUGGGUUGGGCUCAGGCAGGGAUGCGGGGCAAAUACAUCUGUGCUGAAGUUGCCCUGUGUGGACUGAUGCAACAUCCAGGAUCUACCUGAAGAUGGAGACCUUCUAGAAGAGAGACAUCCUGUCGACUGUGUUAAGGACACUUUUUGUGUGGGUGUGCUCUGGGCAGUUAUUUACUGCACACUGCAGAAAUUGUUUGGCUUUGUAAUGGAUCAUGUAUAUAUGGUAAAUUAUAUAUUUUA